AUGAAGCGAUACAUGACAAUGAUGGAUUCUAUGACAGAUAAAGAACUGGACAGCUCAAACCCAAAGGUGUUUAGCGAGUCAAGGAUAAUGCGGAUAGCGAGAGGGUCAGGGAGGUUUGUAAGAGAAGUGAUGGAGAUGUUGGAAGAGUACAAGAGGAUAGCAAAGACUAUGAAAGGGAUAAAGAUACCAAAGAACGGAGACAUGAGCAAGGUCAUACCGCCUCAGAUGUUAAAACAGAUAGGCGGCAUGGGUGGUCUGCAGAGUCUCAUGAAGCAGAUGGGUUCGGCUAAGGACAUGAUGGGAAUGUUUGGUGGCAGAGACAAGUAGUUUCUAUCUUUCUUGCACAGUCGCACACAGUGCACGGGAGGGGUCACUGGUGAAACUUAUUAUUACAUAUAAGAAAAUGGGAGAUUUGUAUAAUCAGGAAGAAGAUAACAUGUGUUUUAAGUUUUAACACAUUCUAAUGACUAAAAUGCUUAAUUGUUGUUACU